ACGAGAAAAGCCCCGAGUAAAUCGGUCUUAUCCCUGCCGACCGGAGUGAUCAUCCGUCCCGCGUAAAAAUACUCCUCCGGGUGUGCGUUGCGCGUCCUGUCCAGUGAGGUUCUGAUAAUCCCUGCGAGUGCGUCUGCGGCGUGGGUCAAAAGUGCGUUUUGUCACUGCGAAUGAUUGACAGCACCUCCGCGCGCUCCUGUUGAGUUUGUUAUGACCGGACGCUACCGAGCCGAGUCGUGGGAAACAGCGGGGUUUUUCGGUGCGCGAACCCAGAAUACAAAUCGCAGAUGUUGAAGUGACAUUACUCGCAUUUUAAAAGCGGCAUAACCUCAAAAUUUCGAAAUGUUGGGCCUGAACAAGUGCCAAAGCAUGAGCUACAUCGAGCAGCCGUUCAGCGCGGAGCAGGUCUACCAACAGAGCAAACAAUACCUCGAGAGCUCCUCCAGCUCUUACCAGAACGGGCAGCCGUGCUCUUUUUCGGCUUUUUCCGCCUACGAGAGCGGGGCCGGAAAUGGGCCGUUCCCGACGGAAAUCGGCAACGGGACCGGAAACUACCAGUACUCGUACUCGGCUGUGAACGGAAAUGGUUAUGACUUUCCACGACAGCAGAGCCAUCAGAGUCAGCAGCAGAACCAGCAGUUCCAGAGGAGUAAUUCGAUGCAGCACCCGAUCAAACGGAGCAAUAGCGAGAUAAUUUGUAAGAGAGGAUUUAAACCCUCCGACAGAAAGGACCCUCAGAAAAAGGAGUUCUUAACUUCGUUGUCGCAUAAGCUGUGGAGAGUUUCAUUGGAAGCGAGCGGUCAAAAAAUCAACACAAAUGAUGGUUUGGACCCGCGACCCAUUGACCUGGAGAAGCUGUUCACCCCCGCAUCUGACUCGGGCGAGGUCACGCCGUCCAGACAAAGGCGAAUGUACUCGUCGAGCAGUUUCUACUCUCCGCAUCAUCCGACGAUGGAUGAGCAGGUAGAGUUAGCCAGGCGGAUCUCUCACUCACUGUCCGACAUCAGCAACCAGCAGAGCAAAGGACAGUCCAUGUACGUCAACCGAAAAAAACGGUCCGUUAAGUGGGUCCACGGAGCUGGAGCGGAGCAUGAAGGAUCUGUUAAUGGAUAUCAAAACUACUACUCAACGCAGAAUGAAAACAUAGAGCCUAAUUAUUCAAAUCGUCAGCAGAAGCCGAUUUUGAAUCUUGUGAUGGACCCGCGCGGAAAGGUACGAGACUUGGAGACUUUGAAACGGGAGGGCUACGAGGUUGACCAUGGUUCGCCACCGCCGCUCAGUCCUCAAACCUUUGACCUUGUCUCACAUCUCAAUGCUCCUACAGGAAAAGGAGCGGAAAUGUUUGCGAAACGGCGUAAAAAAUGUGAGCAGUUUAUAGUGGAUGAGAACAAUGUGAAAAACAGCAACCAGUUCCAACAGCGUACUCCCACAACACCCCAACCCCCGCCAACCUACCUCCAUGAUUCCCAUGUUCGCACUGAGAACAUUCACCGCAUGAAUGAAAUUCAGGAGCGUUUCAAUCAACCAAGGUUAAGACUAGUAAAAUCGCCAUGGGAGUCAGCGCUGGAGACAGGCUCGGUAGAGGCGGCCUUCCAAGAGGUUCGACCCCCCCUCCUCCCCCCGCGAGGAUACAUAGUGGCGCCCACGCCGCCCACCAUGGAGAAGAUAUUCCGGGCAAAGACACCGACUCAUCUGGGCUCGGGCCAUGGCGAGAACGUACCCCCGAACGCUCAACAACCCAGAGCCGCUCCUAAGGCGCCCCCCAGCCCCGCCUACAAGAACAAAUGCGCCCGGGGAUGGAACCCCAACCAGAGGCCGGACGAGCCCCAGAACUUCGAGUACAUUAGAGGUCAAGUGAAGCUGGACCAGAUCUUCCGGGGCUGCGCCCAGUCUCCGGUGAGCCUGAUCGUGCGUCGGACGCCCACCGACGACAACUACCAGGUCAUCGCCAAGCACGACCCGCGCCACAAGCCGGCCACCUACAAGCCCACCAACACCUGCACCACCCCGCCCGUCCCCAAGUACACCGAGGGCUUCUACAACCCCUUCAACGAGUUCGCCGACGUCAACCAAAGCAUGAUCUCCGGCGAGCUCGUCCAGAACAAGCUCUUCUCCGAGGCCUUCGAGCACAACAUCGAGGCCAACUCCCGCGUCAUCGAGACGCAACCCGUCCCCGACAUGGUUGAGAUCUCCGCGGAGGUCCGCGAGAUAGAGACCACCGUAGUCAUGGUCGACGAACCCCAGCCGGAGCCCGAGCCGCAGCCCAUGAAGUACGACCUCCCCCGGAACUUCGUGCCCUCCACCCUCGAAAACUGUAUCAACCCCAUUCACAAACCCCAGCCGGAGAAGGCGGACAGCCCUCUCCACCUGUACGAGAAGACACAGGCGAAGGUUCUCGAAAUAGAGACCACCUACCAACCUCCACUCCAGGCUCAACCAUCACAGUUCUCGCCGCCGUCGCAACCAUCAUACGUACCACAGCCAUCACAGGUACCACAGCCAUCACAAGUGCCACAACCAGCACAAGUACCACAGCCAUCACAAACAUCUCAAUGUUCCUACUCACAGCAGUCCUCCGAGCCCUCGCUUGAAACACGCAUGCUGAGACAAGUCCCAGAGUCACGGAACAGUCCGUUGUCGCUAUAUGAGAGGACAACCGCGAAAGUUUUAGCGAUGGAAAGCAAGUACACACCACCUCAGGCUGUGGCUCAAAAACCGACGAAUCAACAACAGGUAGUUCAAAGCGCGCCACGGACAGAAGCCAGAGACAGUCCGUUGCACUUGUACGAGAAGACCAACGCCAAGGUUUUAAACAUGGAGCUGGAGUACAACAAUCGACAGCAGCAGCCGCGUCAAGAGCAGCAACAGCAGAUGUGUUGUAUACGUCAAAGCGCCCCUCCGAAGCAACAGAGCGCACAACCCGCGCAACGACAGCCUCCACAACAAGGUUACGAAGCGACGGUGAAAUCGUCAACGACAACCCAGUUCGACGCCCGCAACAGCCCGCUACACCUAUACGAGCGCACAACCGCGAUGGUUUUGGACUUGGGGAGUAAGUGGCAUCCAUCUGUUACCCAAAACCAGUCCUGUCCACGACCCGCGGCCAAUCACGAAGGGGCGCAAAACGUCAUUCAAAUGAAGUCCUGUCCACGACCAGCGGCCAAUCAUGAAGGGGCACAAAACGUCAUUCAAAUGAGCUACGAGCAAACUUUCCAGAACCCCGGUCAAUUCCAACCCCAACAACCGAGUUUCCAGGCUCAACCGAACCGACCAAAUUACCAGAACCCCCAGCCUCAAGUGAACUUGUACCAACCCGCGUUCCAGCCCCCGGCCAAUCAGAACGCCGGAUGCUUCCCGCAUUCGGUCCAGACGAGCUUCCAGACGUACCAGAACCCCCAGUUUCAGGGCGCUCAGAACCCGAACGCGAACGUCCAACAAACAUGGUCCUCGAACGGAGCCGGCAACAGCUCUUACAUCAGCAGCACGAUCCAACUGGACCCCCAGCAGCAAGCGGGGCAACCGCUCGUCAUCAGCUGCCACCUGGAGGAGCGCCGCGAGAUCCAGAAGCGCCCGCAGUCCAUCGCCGCCGACGAGGAGGUCCAGAACCUCUGCGAGAAGCAGUUCGUGUCCGCCUACUACCACAACACCGAGGAGGUCGUCUACAACGGCCGGGUCUCCAUCGAGACGGGGAGCGUCUACACGCCCAACGACCUCACCAGCUUCUCCAAGGCGCAACCCUCAGCCGAGGCCGGAGUCAAGAAGCCGGCCGUCUACGUGCCCAAAGCAACCCCUCCGAACCACUUCAUGGUGAACGCCGACCCGCGGCACAUGGCCUCGCCUAAGAGGGAGCCGCCGCCCAGUUACGGCACGCCGAAUCAAUUAGAUCUGUCGUACUCCCAGUCGGAGACGGAUGAAGAUGGCGAGCCCUACCACAAGAUCCCUGUCAAGAACCUCAUCAGCACCUUCGAGCAGAGCGCGCGUCCCAUCAUGCGCUACAAGCAGCUCCAAGAGCAGCUCCCUAUCCCUGGACACCAGAGGAGCGCCGACCAUCAGGACACCGAUCCAAACGCUGAGGGCGAGGCUGUUCGGGAGGAGGGAUUCCAACCCUACCAGCCGGACGUCAACAGCAAUUACAUUAGGAAUGACGCUAACCAGCAGCAUUCGAACCAAAGCGCAUCCGAUUCUCAGGGAGAUGGUGGCGUCCACGCGAGCAAUGUGGGAAGCAAUCAGAUUGGGAUCGGGGCUAUCGAGCAGCAUUCGAUUCAGCCGAUUGUAGCGCCGAACCAAACCGCUUACGAUUCGCGACGGGAUGAUAGUGUUUGCGCCGGCAAUACUGCGCAGGAGCCGAAAACUUUUGUGGCGGAGAAAUUGAUAGAGAUUCCCGAUCCGAUACCUAUCAAGCAGCUUAUCGACACAUUUGAGCAUAGCGCGGUUCAGCAAAGCGGACUCAAUAGAGUUGGGGCACUCCAAAACGGGGCACAGCAAAACGGGGCACAGCAAAACGGGGCACAGCAAAGCGGGGCACACCAAAACGGGGCACAGCAAAAUGGGGCACAGCAAUACGGGACACAGCAAAGUGGGCUUCAGCAAAACGGGGCACAGCAAAGCGGGCUUCAGCAAAACGGUGUCCAGCAAGGCGGGGCUGAUCAAAGCGGGGCUCAGCAAAGCGGAGAGUCUGCUGUUGAGCCGUUUCCGCCACCAGUUGUGGCUACAUGUAAUUGGGACAAGCCUCCCAAGUGGCUGAGCAUGACCUUCCAAGAUUACUCCAGCAUGAAGACGUACAACACCGCCGCACGGGGCUGGGCCCCGAAAAUGGACUACUACAGGCCGGUUCUAGUCAACGGAAAUCAGCACUCUCAAGCCGCUUACACCGACUUCUAAACCCGCGACUUGCGAGCUUUUUGACUUUUUUCAAGCUAUUUCCCAUAGUAAGAAAGUCAACAAACUCCUCUCGUUGAAAUGCUUGGUGACUCUGUCCCUAAAAGCUUCCUGAAGAAGAUCGACCCUUUCAUGCCCAUCAUGAUAAAUAAUGCUUUCUGCAUCAAACAGCAGUACUUACUGCGUUCUGCUUGUGCAAAAAAACUGGUUGUGAACAAUUUAAAUUGGCACGAUCAAAGUAUCUCUACUUUCCAGACAAGAUAUGAUUUUUUGUGGAAAAUAAUAAUAAGAAUUGUAAUUUUAAUAAAUUGUCGUGUAUUCGAUGUAA